GGAUACCUAGUUACAAGUGGAUCCUUUUAAACAUCCCCGCGUUUCGGUCUGGUACCGGAGAUGUCAUCGGAUAAGACCAGACACAUCAAAUAUUCCGCACAACCACCGUUGCAAGCAUCAAUCGGAGCUCGUUAGCCAUCUAGUCCAAUCGAAAUCUCCAGUUAGGUCCUCUUCCAUAACCAAAUCUGCAUUGUCUACCAUGCCUCGCAUGAAACGAAAGACCAAGGAUGAGGACCUUAAGCGGGUCCGUGAAAACCAGCGCAAAUGUCGGCAACGAAGGCGUGACUACGUGGCCGAACUAGAAAGCAAAAUCGCAGCUUAUGCGGAGGCUGCGGCUGAGGCCGAUAGGUGGCGAAAGGCUGUGGAAGGAGACCUCCGCAGAGAGAACGAGGCACUGCGGACCCUGUUGACUUCAAGCGGCCUCGAUGUCCUGGGGCAUAGUACUGCCGAAAAGCAUCAGGAAGUUGUCUUGGACGAUAUACAAACGAGUCUCAGCUUCGCGGCAAAUACUGUGCCGACCACCCUUGAACUGCACGCUGACUUGAUGGCCCUGCAGUUGCCGAACGUUACUCCUACCUUUGGAUUUCCCGCUACGACACGGGAAGUCGCAAAUACUGGACCUGCGGCGCCUUCGAGCGUGGAUUUUACGCCCUCGCAAUCUACAGAUCUAAGCACUUGCCUGGACUUUCGGGUACCCACUCUCCAUGGACCGACCGUACCGGAUGAAGAAUCGCAAAGCCGUCUGCUUGAGCUCCUGCCUCCGACUAACCAAAGUACGACCGGUCUUGAUAUCACCAUAGGAUUAGUUGAUCCUAUUCUACAAGACACGACACUGUGCGCUGUUGCUAUUCACCUUGUCCGUCACUGUAAUAAGAAGGCUCUAAGCAUGGUGGAGCUGGACGCUAAGCUCCGUCACGGGUAUAGGAAUGCUAGGUCUCCUCUGGAAGGUUGUAGGGUCACUAACUGGGUUUUACUGUCCGUCCUGGCAGAAAUUAUACAAUAGUCCCAUUUUGUUUCUUGCUUAACUAUUGUGUUAGUCCUAGAAUUAUCG